AUGUCAGGCGUUGUGAAGCUUGACCCGUGGCUAUCGCCCUUUGAGCCCGUGUUGCAGCGCCGUUUUGCGAAAGCGCACGAGUGGAUUACCCGCCUAAACGAGACAGAAGGUGGUCUCGACAAGUUCUCAAAGGGUGCGGAAAAAUUCGGUCUCAAUGUCGACAAAGAUAACAAUGUCGUUUACCGGGAGUGGGCGCCGAAUGCGACGGAGGCGUUUCUCAUUGGAGAAUUUAACAACUGGGAGCGCGGACCUCAUCCCAUGAAGAAGGACGAAUACGGUGUGUUCGAGAUCACGGUGCCCGCAAAGAACGGGCAGGUUGCUAUUCCUCACAACUCCAAGCUCAAGAUCUCUCUUACUCUGCCUAAUGGCGAGCGCGCUGAUAGACUGCCCGCCUGGAUCAAGUAUGUCACCCAAGAACUGGCGGUUUCACCCGCCUACGAUGCGCGCUUCUGGAACCCGCCUGCGUCCGAACGGUACCAGUUCCAGAACUCUAGGCCGACGAAGCCGCAGAGCCUCCGCAUCUACGAGGCCCAUGUCGGAAUUUCGUCUCCCGAGCUUCGUGUCACGACAUACAAGGAGUUCACCAAGUCCAUGCUUCCUAGAAUAAAGGCUCUCGGCUACAAUGCUAUUCAGCUCAUGGCCAUCAUGGAGCAUGCGUACUAUGCGAGCUUCGGUUAUCAGGUCAACAACUUCUUCGCCGCCAGCAGCCGUUAUGGACCUCCUGAAGAUCUCAAGGAGCUCGUCGAUACCGCUCACAGCCUGGGGCUUGUCGUACUUCUCGACGUCGUGCACAGCCACGCCUCCAAGAAUGUUCUCGACGGCUUGAACGAGUUUGAUGGCUCCGAUCACCAGUAUUUCCACGAAGGAGGGAAGGGACGGCAUGAACUGUGGGACAGCAGGCUCUUCAAUUACGGCCAUCAUGAGGUUCUCCGCUUCCUCCUCAGCAACCUACGCUUCUGGAUGGACGAGUAUCAAUUCGAUGGCUUCCGAUUUGAUGGUGUGACGAGCAUGCUCUACGCGCAUCACGGAAUCGGAACUGGCUUUUCUGGGGGUUACCAUGAAUAUUUCGGCGCCGAAGUUGACGAAGAAGGCGUUGUCUACUUGAUGUUGGCCAACGAGAUGCUUCAUCAGCUCUACCCCGAGGUCAUCACGGUUGCCGAAGACGUCUCCGGAAUGCCCGCGCUUUGCCUUCCUCUCUCUCUGGGAGGAGUCGGGUUCGAUUACAGGCUAGCUAUGGCAGUUCCCGAUAUGUGGAUCAAGAUCCUGAAAGAACUCAAGGACGAGGACUGGGACAUGGCCAACAUCUGCUGGACGCUCACAAACCGGCGCCACGGAGAGAAGACUAUUGCCUAUUGCGAGAGCCAUGAUCAAGCGCUUGUGGGUGACAAGACCAUCAUGAUGCAUCUUUGCGAUGCGGAACUCUACACGAACAUGUCAAAUCUCACACCUCUUACUCCCGUCAUUGAUCGGGGAAUGGCACUCCACAAAAUGAUUCGCCUCCUUACCCAUGGACUUGGAGGGGAGGGCUAUCUGAACUUUGAAGGAAACGAGUUUGGCCAUCCCGAGUGGCUUGAUUUCCUCGCGAGGGUAACCAGAACUCGUUCUGUAUCUCAACGAAUUCGAUCGGUUGAUGAACUUGUGCGAGGAGAAGCUCGGAUGGCUACACGCCCCCAGGCUUACAUCUCGCUCAAGCACGAGGGCGACAAGGUCAUUGUGUUUGAAAGGGGCAAGGCCCUCUUCAUCUUCAACUUCAACUCAACUGAGAGUUUCGCGGACUAUCGCAUAGGCGUCGAUGUACCAGGCACGUACAAGGUUGUCCUCAACACAGACAGCAAGGACGUAGGCGGACACGAUCGCGUGGACAGCAACACCCGAUACCACACGACGGCGAUGGAAUGGAAUGGUCGCAAGAACUGGACUCACGUCUACGUGCCCUGCCGAACCGCUUUGCAAAGAAUCUGCUCAAUCCCUCAAGUCCUCUCGUCAACAUCGAACCUUCACCUCUCCGCUCCUAUCCACAAUCGCUCUCUGUCAUCUGGCAAGAUGUUCAAGAGGCAAUCGGCGCUCCGAUAUCCCGUCACAAACCGAUGGGCCAGCACUGCUAGCGUUGGCAACGGCCAGAUUCAUCAGGUCAUCGGUGCCGUCGUCGAUGUCAAGUUCAACACUGCCAAGCUCCCUGCCAUUCUCAACGCCCUCGAGACCGACAACAAUGGCAACAAGCUUGUCCUUGAGGUGUCGCAACAUCUCGGUGAGAAUGUAGUCCGCUGCAUUGCCAUGGACGGUACCGAGGGUCUCGUCCGAGGCGCCAAGGCUCUCGACACUGGUGCUCCCAUCACCAUUCCCGUCGGUCCUGCCACUCUUGGUCGUAUCAUGAACGUCACUGGUGACCCGAUCGACGAGCGUGGCCCCAUCAAGUCUGAGAAGACGCGUCCCAUCCACGCCGAGGCUCCCGAGUUCAUCGACCAGUCCACCACUGCCGAGAUUCUCGUCACCGGUAUCAAGGUCGUCGAUCUCCUCGCCCCUACGCCCGUGGAGCUCAUCAACAACAUCGCCAAGGCUCACGGUGGUUACUCCGUCUUCACCGGUGUCGGCGAGCGUACUCGUGAGGGUAACGAUCUGUACCACGAAAUGCAGGAGACCUCGGUCAUUCAGCUUGAUGGCGAGUCCAAGGUCGCCCUCUACUUCCGUGAUGAGGAGGGCCAGGAUGUGCUUCUCUUCAUUGACAACAUUUUCCGAUUCACUCAGGCCGGUUCCGAGGUGUCUGCCCUUCUCGGUCGUAUCCCCUCUGCCGUCGGUUACCAGCCCACUCUCGCCGUCGACAUGGGUGCUAUGCAGGAGCGUAUUACCACGACAAAGAAGGGUUCGAUUACCUCGGUGCAGGCCGUGUACGUGCCCGCUGACGAUUUGACUGAUCCCGCCCCCGCCACCACCUUCGCUCACUUGGACGCCACCACUGUGUUGUCUCGUGGUAUCUCCGAGUUGGGUAUCUACCCCGCUGUCGAUCCCCUCGACUCCAAGUCCCGUAUGCUUGACCCCGUAUCGUCGGAGUACAAGUCGCUCCAGGACAUCAUUGCCAUUCUUGGUAUGGACGAACUUUCCGAAGCCGACAAGCUUACCGUCGAGCGUGCCCGUAAGAUCCAGCGUUUCCUCAGCCAGCCCUUCACCGUGGCCGAGGUCUUCACUGGUAUCCAGGGUUGCCUCGUCGACCUCAAGGACACCAUUGCGUCGUUCAAGGCCAUUCUCAACGGUGAGGGUGACUCUCUCCCCGAGAACGCCUUCUACAUGGUUGGCGACUUUGGCUCCGUCAAGCAGAAGGCCGAGAAGAUUCUCGCGGAGUUGGAGAAGAACUAA